AUGUUACGCUUAACCAAGCCCUCCACCAUCAGAAACUUCUCACUUUCUGCACGUGCAAUGAACACCCGUACCGAGUCCGACGCCUUUGGCGAGAUCCAGGUCGAUUCGUCCAAAUAUUACGGAGCUCAGACCGCUAGAUCGAAGAUGAACUUCGACAUUGGUGGACCAGCUGCUAAAAUGCCGAUCCCAGUCGUUCGCGCGUUCGGUAUUUUAAAGAAGUCUGCUGCCAUCGUCAACGAGAGCUACGGUGCUUUGGACCCAAAGUUGGCCGAGGCUAUUAAGCAGGCUGCUACUGAGGUUGCCGAUGGUAAGUUGGACGAUCACUUCCCAUUGGUUGUUUUCCAAACUGGUUCUGGUACCCAGUCUAACAUGAACGCUAACGAGGUUAUUUCUAACCGUGCCAUUGAGAUCUUGGGUGGAGAGUUGGGUUCCAAGAAGCCUGUUCAUCCAAAUGACCACUGUAACAUGUCUCAGUCCUCCAACGACACUUUCCCUACUGUUAUGCACAUUGCGGCUGUGACUGAGAUCUCCAACACUUUGAUUCCAGAGUUGACCAAGUUGCGCGAUGCAUUGCAAGUCAAGGCUGAGGAGUUCAAGGACAUCAUCAAGAUUGGAAGAACUCACUUGCAAGAUGCUACUCCUUUGACUUUGGGUCAAGAAUUCUCCGGUUACGUGCAGCAGCUUACUAACGGUAUCGCGCGCGUUGAGGCCGUCUUGCCUCACUUGUCUCUUUUGGCUCAAGGUGGCACUGCCGUCGGUACUGGUUUGAACACCAAGAAGGGUUGGGACUCUAGAAUUGCCGAGGAGGUUUCUAAAUUAACUGGCUUGCAAUUCAAGACUGCUCCUAACAAGUUCGAGGCUUUGGCUGCUCACGACGCCAUUGUUGAAGCUUCCGGUGCCUUGAACACUGUCGCUGUCUCUUUGUACAAGAUCGCCAACGACAUCAGAUACUUGGGCUCCGGUCCAAGAUGUGGUUACGGCGAGUUGUCCUUGCCUGAGAACGAGCCAGGUUCGUCCAUCAUGCCUGGUAAGGUCAACCCUACCCAAAACGAGGCCUUGACCAUGGUCGCUUGCCAAGUUAUGGGUAACAACACCGCUAUUACCUUCGCUGGCGCCAGCGGCCAAUUCGAGUUGAACGUUUUCAAGCCAGUCAUGAUCUCCAACUUGUUGUCUUCCAUCAGAUUGGUUGCUGACGGCUGUAGAUCCUUCAGAACUAACUGUGUUGAGGGCAUCCAAGCCAACAGAGACAAGAUUGAGAAGGUUUUGCACGAGUCUUUGAUGUUGGUAACCGCUUUGAACCCAAAGAUCGGUUACGACUCUGCCUCCAAGGUCGCUAAGAACGCUCACAAGAAGGGCUUGACCUUGAAGGAGUCCACCUUGGAGUUGGGUGUUUUGACUGCUGACGAGUUCGAUGAGUGGGUCAGACCAGAAAAGAUGAUUGGUCCAAAGGACUAA